AUGAAUGCAACUACGACCUCCGCUGCCAGUCCUGCAGCGACUACUACGGCUAACAGUGAAAGUGGCUCUGGUUCUGCGACCAGCUCCCCUCUUCUCUUCUUCGUGGCCCUUGGGUUUGGCGUUGUUUUCACCAAUCUAUGGAUUAUUGUCGGGGUCAAGUAUUGUUUCCGGUACAACCAACGGAAUCGGCAGCUGCGCAGCGAAGAGACUGGGGAACCCAUUGACCUGGUGGCCAUGCCUCGGCCCCAUCGGAGACGACGAGAAAAGAGACUGAUGACGAUGGACGAAGUUAAUGCGAGAUUUCCCUUGAUGAAAUACAAAGUCUGGAGGUCGUCGCGCGCCAACCAAGGUCUUCCAACAGAAGGAGGCAUCACCGCUCCUAAUAGCCGGCCGCAGAGCCUGAUGCAUGAGGAGGGGGCUGUAUCUGCACCAGAUGGUGCAGAAAUGACUGCACUUACCCCCGCUGAGAUAGAGCAUGGGAGUGGUAUUCUAAAUCCACAGGAGUCCUCCCAUUCGCAACCCGGAUCAAACAUGCAGUCUAGGGAGAAGGUUACUCAUUCCGCAACCAUUUCCCAGGGCGAAAUGGGUGCAGACAUGACGGAGGAGAAGUGGCAGCACAACCUGGUCAAUGAAAAUAUUGACCUAGAAGAAGACGAAGAAGGCGAUCAUAUUCGUAAAGCUGUCCCGCCGGAGCUACUUCCCAACCCGGGGGAUUCCUGUGCGAUCUGUUUGGACAUAAUUGAGGAUGAUGAUGAUAUCCGUGGGCUGACCUGCGGACAUGCUUUCCAUGCCUCGUGUGUCGAUCCUUGGUUGACUAGUCGGAGAGCUUGUUGUCCCCUUUGCAAAGCCGAUUAUUAUGUCCCCAAGCCUCGUGCACACGCAACUGAAGGAACAUUAUCAGGGGAUCGGCAAGGGCGUCGCACGGUAUCAAGUCGUAACGAUAUCCUGCCGAGACCUCGUGCAACUCACCCCAGGAGCAAUCAGACCCCUCUAUCUCGAUUGCAGAUGGCCCUUCCUGGACGUAUGUUCCACAACUCACACUCAGAACUCCACUUGGAGUCUUCACAACCUGAAGGCCGCUCGAGGCGCACGCCCCGAGACCCUGAAAUUCAAGAAAGUCUACCACGCCAGUCUUAUUGGUCACGGCUUUUUCCGAUGCGUCCGCGUGGGCAUUCUUCCAAUACUUCCUCGACACCCUCUCCUGGGGCCUUGACUGACCAAACGUCAGUUGAACAGUCCCGCACACCUGGUCAACUUGAAGCCGGGCUUUAA